AUGGUAUCAAUUAGAUAUGAUUGUCAACACAAGAAUGAUUCCAAGACAGACUGUUGUCGUGGAACAAUUCUUACUGAAUCAUAUAUUCUUACAACAGCUGAUUGCAUUGAUAGCUUACCGAGUGAUAUAUCAUUAGUUGAUGUGACAAUUGUUGCUGGUAUUCACCAUCGAUUUAAAUCAGAUCAAAUAAUUCGACAAGUUGAUCGUAUUAUUAUUCAUCCAAACUGGAAAAAUGAUCGUAAUAUUCAAAAGCAUAAUAUUGCACUCUUACAUUUAUCAACUUCACUGGAUUUCACCAUAGAUAAAUAUAUUACUCGAAUAUGUCGAUCAAAAGGCUUCAGUUUACUGAAAGAUGUUUUACAAUAUCCAUCAAAUAGUACUCGAUUAUUGGUUAUGGAAUGGGAUCGUACUAAAGAACGCCCUGAUACUAUAGCAUCUAUGAGUCUACAACAGUAUGAAGUUGGUAUAUUAAAUUUUGUUGCAGAAGAAAGAAGUGGGACUUGCCUUGGUAUUUAUACUAGAUUGUCAUAUUAUCUUGAAUGGAUAGAGUCUGUUCUAAAUUUAAACAGUCUUACAUCUUCAUCGAUUGCAAGAAAUAUUGAUUCGAUUACAAACCGUGCCAUAACUUAUAAAUGUAAUCGAUUAAUGGUAUCAUGUGGUUGUAGUAAAGAAAAUGUUGAAUUAUCAUCUGCAAAAAUUAUUGGUGGCGAAGAAGCAAUUCCAUUCAGUUGGUCGAUGAUUGUAUCUAUUCGUUUGAACAAUUUCGACGAGCAUUCAUGCGCUGGAACAAUUCUUACUGAAUCAUAUAUUUUAACAUCAGCACAUUGUGUUGCUGGUACAUUGGUAUGGGAUGUAUCUAUUGCUGCUGGUAUGCAUAAUCGAAUCACAGAUUUCUCAAUGAUUCGUUAUGUAACUGAGAUUUAUAUACAUCCUAAUUGGAGUGGAAAUGAUGGUACUUAUCGCAAUGAUAUUGCAAUAUUACGUAUUUCUCCACCAUUAUCUAUGCCAGGUAUUUUAGGUCUUACUCGAAUAUGUGUGCCAUAUAUUAAUUCAAUGGCUGAAACAGUAAACUAUCCAUCGACUGGUAGUCAUUUAGUUAUUGUUGGCUGGGGCUCAACCCAAUAUGAUUACAAUAGUACGUCUGAUACACUUCAACAAACUAGUAUAUAUAUGAUUGAUAACAAUGAUCCUAUCUGUCAAGAAUCGAUUCAUGAUGUAGAAAAGCAAUUUUGUGCUGGAAUGUCUGGAUACAAUCCAUGUCAAGGUGAUUCGGGUGGUCCAGUUUUUCAAUGGAAGGGUACUUAUUGGGAACAAGUAGGCAUUAUAAGUCAUGGAGGAGAAUGUAAUCGUAAUGCUUCUACGGGUAUUUUUACCCGAUUGGCUUAUUAUUUCGAUUGGAUGGAAUCUGUAAUAGGUAGUUCACUAACUACAACUACAUUAAGACCUCCUCCAAUCCCAACGUCAUAUGCAUGUAAUAAGACAUCAUCAUGUGGUUGUGGUAAGGCUGAUGUAGUUCUAACAUCUUCUCGUAUUGUUGGCGGUGAAAAUGCCAUUGAUGAUAGUUGGCCAAUGAUUGUAUCUCUUCGUUUGGAAGGCACUAAUGAUCAUUCAUGUGGAGGAACAAUAUUAUCUAAUUCAUAUAUUCUUACUGCUGCUCAUUGUCUUCGUAGAAUAUCCACAGAACAUCCAGCGGGUAUUACUAUUGAAGCAGGAAUGACAAAUAGAUCAGAUCCAUUACAAAUUAUACGUAAUGUUGAUCGAAUUUAUAUGCAUCCAAAUUAUACAAGUAUACCAAAUGAUUAUCGUCAUGAUAUUGCUCUAUUACAUAUUGAUGAACCAUUCGUAUUUGAAUCAAAUUCAAGAUUGACGAGAACAUGUAUUCAUUAUAUUGAUCCAUCAAUAUCACAAGCUCAAUAUCCAAAGAAUGGUACUCGUCUUGUUGUUAUUGGAUGGGGUGUACUUCGCUAUCAAACUAGCUAUCUUCCGGAAAUUCUUCAACAAGCACAAGUCUUUACAAUUGAUAAUCAAGAUCCGAUAUGUUUGAAUUCUAUGAAUGACAGUAAAUUACAUUUCUGUGCUGGAUUAUAUGAAGGUGGAAAAGAUUCUUGUCAAGGUGACUCCGGUGGGCCAAUAUUUCAAUGGACAGGACAGUAUUGGGAACAAGUAGGUAUUGUAUCAUAUGGCAAGAAUUGUGGACUAGCUACUUCUCCAGGAUUUUUAAUUCAAAAAAAAUUUAGUAUUAAUUUUUCAAUUUAUUUUGCUAAACUUUUAAAAUUUAUUCAAUUUUUAUUUUUUUGGUUCUUGUUAAAUUAA